AGUUUCUGCGUCGUGUGCUCCGCCGGGGGGGAACUCUACUAACUUCCCCCAGGAAAGGAGACACAGCGGGGACCCAGAUUCCCGGGUUCGGGCCACCGCACCCCGCCGGGGGUGGGGCAGUGGCGUCCUGCCACCUUCGUCGCCCACCCCCCCGCCCUAGUUACUUUCGCCCCACAAACCUGAGGCCACCAGGGGUGGGGUGGGGGCGGGGUAAGCGGCACCCGGCGUUAGCGGCCUGGUGCGCGCGCGCGCGGUUGGCGUGGGGAGGGGUCGUCCCCGGGGGAGGGAGCGCGAGCACUGUGCGCGCGCCCGGAGCUGAGCGCGCGCCAUGGCGGAGGGGUGGAGGCGCGUACUGUUAGCGGGCUGGGAGCGGUCGAGGCGGAGAUCCCUCGCCCGAGGGAGGAAGCGAUUGGCGGCUAGGAAGCCGCGAGCUGAGCGGGCUGCUGCGGGGAUGGGGCUCGGGACCAGAAAGGGCGGGACGAAUCAGUGUGCAGUCGCGGGCCACGGGCGCGCGCUCAGACAGCGCGCCGGGCAGCAGAGUCCCGAGGCGACCAGCUGAUGCACCACUACGGCUCUGCGCGCGGUGGUUGGGUCCGCCGACGGCCGUCGCUGAUUGGCUGUUGCUGGGCCGGGGCGUGGCGGUGGCGGACGCACGACCUUCGCGGGUCUCUCUUGUCUUUCCCGCCAUGUCGUUUGUGGAGAGUUGGAGGUCUGCAGGCGCGCUUAGGCGCCGUCAGGUUACCCCGGGCCCUGUGUGCCCCGAUUACACUCAGGGCGAUAGCUGGGGUGAGGGCGAAGGCGACGAAGACGAGGGAUGCGACCGGGUGGCCCGCGACUUGCGGGCAGAAUUCUCGGCCAGGGCAUCGUCGGAGACCAAGAGGGCCCCGCUACUCGCCCGGAUCGGGGACGGGUCGCCGGUCCUGCCGGAUAAGCGCAAUGGCAUCUUCCCGGCGACUGCGGCCAAGCGAACCCAGGCUCGGCGGUGGCCCAUCCAAGCCCUUUCCAUUCUCUGUUCGCUGCUGUUCGCCAUCCUCCUCGGUUUCCUUCUGGCCAUCGCCUACAUGAUCGUUAAAGAAUUGCAUGCAGAAAACUUGAAAAGUGAAGACGAUAUACAUACUGGGCUGUUAGGAUUCUGGUCUCUGCUGAUAAUAUCUCUAACUGCUGGAUUAUCCUGCUGCAGCUUUUCUUGGACAGUGACUUACUUUGAUUCUUUUGAACCAGGAAUGUUUCCACCUACUCCUCUUUCACCUGCUAGGUUCAAGUAAGUGUUUCUAGGUUUAUUUUGUUUGUUUGAGGUGUGUAUGUGUAUGUGUGUGUGUUCCUAUGCGUGUGUUCGUUCGUGCGCACAUGCACGUUAAUGUCAGUUCUGUUUAUAAGACACUAAAGUUAUGAGAAGCAAUAAACUGGGGUAUGUUGGAGCUCUAGAUUUCAGUAUAUAAGACAAAACAACACAAGAUUUUUUUCAAGUGUCUGGGCCUCACCUUUAGGUAAUUGGAGAAUGAUAUUUUAAGUUCCCUAUCGUGAUAAUGUAAUUUUUUAAAAUAUUGAAAAUCACAAAUCAAAGAAGUAAGAAAAUUUCAUGACUGUUCUUUUUAGUUGUUAUAGUUUACAGGGUUAAAAUGCAAAGUUUGAAAAGUUUUCUUCAUGUGCGUGGUCAGAUUCAACAAUAAUUAGUUCUCAAAUUAGACUUUUUUUAGGAUUUGAACCUCAUGUUUUAAUUAACUUGAAUAUUUGGUCCCAGUGUAAAGAUCCAGACUAGAGUAGAUGUGUUUUUGUAGUGGAAUUUCUUUGCACUGUAUUUUCUGUGUUUCAAAGAAUAUCAGAGACUCAGUAGCCAAUGGUCUAGCCUUGAGUAGUAUUUGCAAAAAGCUUCACAGAUCUCUAGUUUUCUACAAAUGGAAUUGGGAGGGAGGGUGAAGAUGUGAAAAUUCAUUCAGUUAAAUUUAUGUGUAUUUUGACAGCUGUUACUAUUAUCGUUACCACCUCUACCUCAUUUAAACAAAACGUCUGUUUGAGGACCUCUGUAAAGGUCAAGCCAUAAUAGUGAUAAUUAUCAGUAUUACUAUAAUACUAACAGAAUUGUUACUGCUUUCAUUAUUAGUCAAUUUCAUGUAUUUUUCUCCUUCAAAAUAUGUGAUUAAAAAUUUCGGUUUUACUUGAAACAAAAUGUGAAAAUACAUAUUUUAUUGAAAAAAGUAUUUACUUGAAUACAUAUUUUAAAUGUUUCAUAAAUACUCAUGUGUAUCUGAAACAUAAAUUCUAUGCCUAUGGAUCUGUGUUCGAAGUUGAUAAAUAUUUAGUUUACAAUUAAAUACAGGAAGAGUUACAUCUAAUAGUGGAAUACCAUACUAUAUAGAUUACUUGGGUGGCAUUCAGUCAGAAAGCUUAUUUGGCUAAGACAUACAGAGUUCAAAUUUAUAUUGUUUUGCUGCCCGUUAACAUCCCGUACCUUUAAUAGAGACUGUAAAUCUUAUGUGAUAUACUUAAUUUUUUAUUAUUUUUAUUUGACAUCUUCCCUGAAUGCUAGCUGUUCAGGCAAUGAGGGUUUUGAAGGUUAAAGAAUUUUAGUGUUCUCCUAAAGAUCUGCUAACUAAUUGUAUUAAUUUUUAAUAAAUUAAUUUUUAUUAAAUUGUAAGUAGAAAUAAAGAACCUCUAUUGUCAGAUGUUUAGUAGUCAUUAAAAUGAGAUUUUAUGUACGUGGUCGUCUAGUCUUUAAAAGUCUUAAAACACUUAUGAAAUAUAUUUUAGUAUACUGUGUUUGUUAAUUUUUAUAAGUAAAUAUAAAAUACAAAAUACCAAAUUAUAUUAUGUUUAUUCAAGCAAAAUUUAAGUAUAUACAUAAACACACAAAGCGAUAUUCAGUUUGAAAAUGUAAACAUUGCCCUCUAGUGUUCAUGAAAAUAAACAAUCACUUCAUAAAUGUCUUAGGAAUAUUUUCUCUGUAUAGCCAGUAGAGUGAGUCCUUGCACAGGAAAAUAGACUCUUGUGAAAAUAUUGAAAUCUUUAGACUAUUUACUUAGAAAUCAGACAGAAAUAAAAUGUUUUAAUAAAAAUAACUUUAUAAUACAUCAUGUUAUCUUACUACCUAAAAUAAAGUUAAUAUAAGCAUGUUUCUUGAUUGUUAAAAAUAUUUCUGAUAUUUUGUUAAGGUGGCCUUGUGAUGGAGCACAGUUACUGGAGUGCUUGCUUAGUAUGCAUGUGGCCCUGGGUUUCAUCCCUGGCACUGUACAAUGUGUAGUUAGUUGUAUGUGUGUAAUCCUAGCUAGUUCAAGGCCAUCCUUGGAAAGUUUGAAGCCAGUCUGGGAUAUAUUAGGCCUUGUCUUGAAAAGAGAGAGGAGUGUGGCAUGUGUGUAUGUGUCCUUUAAGACAAUGGAAAUAACUAAUCAGAAAAAUUACUGCCAACAUUUUAAUAUAUGUCUUUUUUCAUUCUUUAUGUUCCUUAUGAUUAUUUUAGAAAUGAAAGUUGGCAUCACUAUGUGUAUACUGUUUUUCAUGAUAGUCAAUUUAUGAAUGUAAUUGGUUUAUUUAAAUAGCCUUGAUAG